AUGUGUGUGUUUGUGGUGGGUGUGUGUGGUGUGUGUGCUCUUGUGUAUUUCUUCAGCUGUCUGAUAAUCAGUCAUGAUGAUUACUUAUGAAUGUUGUCUGCCAACAUCUCACCUUGCAGCCAGUAUCACACACGUCAUACAUAACUGUACUUCACUCAGGCAUUAAACACAGGACCCCGCACACGAGACACAAUGGCCAGCAUAACAUGUUGAGGGAAACACCCUGUGCACAAGUAAUAAACAUAAACUCUGGCCAUAUUUAAGCAGGAUCAGGCUGAGACGUGCAUCACACACCACAGCGGGGAGGUUACCUGAGUUGCAGCCGGACUGACGCUGAUAUUGAGAGGCAAGCAGAAGAGAAAAGGAUGGCGGAAUUCGCAAGUUCUUCUUCAGAAGAAGCCACAUCGAAAAGCAAAUUUGAGGACUCGCCGAUGCCGAUGAGAAUGAGACCUGAAUUUCCCCAACCCUCGGAAAGCUAUGAACUAUACUCACCGAUGUUGAUGGAAAUGAGACCAGAUUUUCCCCAACACUCGGAAAGCUAUACAGCAACAGAUACAACAAAUACAAACAAAUUUGUAGGUGAUGAAGACUUUCAGGCUGAGGGAGAUCUGUCAACACCAGAAACUAAAAGAGGAUAUGGACACGUAGGAUGUGUCAGUAAGGCGCAGCAAACGUCUGGAUCUGUGACUGAUCUGACAAGACAACUGGCAGACCUAAAGCAAGAACUGAAGGCAACCACUGAGAGGGUCAAAAGAAUUGAGAUCACACUACAGAUGAAAGCGACUCCAACUCCCACACAUAGAGACCCCGGGGCAGACUCCGACCUCUGUGACGCAAGCAAGGCAGGCAACUUGGCGUCUGUGAAGCAGAUCCUGGCUGCAGGUCGGGCUGAUGUCAAUUGUAGAGGCAGGGUCGGGAUGACACCCUUGAUGUGGGCAGCACGGUGUGGACGCAGAGACGUGGUGGAGCUCCUCAUUAGUGAAGGAGCAGAUGUGUCACUGGUGAACGAGUAUGGUAACAGCACCCUUCACUGCGCCUGUUUGCUAGAAGACCUUGAGAUGAUAAAGUUUGUCCUCUCACACACCAUGGCGGACAUCAAUAUAAGAGGAGAGGAGAGCAGGACACCGAUGAUGUGGGCAGCACUGAAGGGACACAGAAAAGUGGUGGAUUUCCUUGUGAGUGAAGGAGCCCUAGUGUCACCUGUGGACGAUGGCGGAAACAACAUCCUUCACUGCGCCUGUCAGGGAGGAGACGUGGAGACAGUGGAGUUUGUCCUGUCUCUGAAUGUAGUAGACAUCAACGUCAAGAACAAGAAGGGGCAGACAGCAGCCGACGUGGCAAAACUCUGGGGACGUCCAGAAGUGGUUGAACUCCUGCUGUCCCAUCAGCAAGUGGAGGAAGUUUUGGAACCGCUCCCUUGUCACGUGAUGUAAAUAUUAGAAAGUGGUAGAUCUCAUUGUGUCACGGGGCGGUCAGUGAAAUGUUAUGAUUGUCUUGGCAGUGAAGGAGGACAUGUUGCUUCUGUGGUUUAUAAUAAUAUAAAUCUGUGAUAUGUAUGUCGUUUAUCGUUUAAAUAAUCGCCAAAGAGACAACAAAUUAUUUGUUUACAUCUCGGUGCACUCUGUGACCUCAAACUGAGCCGUGAUUCGCCAUGAUGUGGUGCCCGAUCCCGAGCUGGUGUGGCGCCAAAUGUAUGAUGUCACACUGUUGAUGUGGCCAAGGUCAAAUCCUUAGUGGCCGCCUGUCACUUCUACCCAACAUAAUCUUAACUGUGAUGGCUGAAGUGUCGUGCAUGCGACGUUCACCUGCACCUCUCAUUAAUAAUUCACAGAUGCUGGAAUCAUAUGGAAUAUUAUGUAUGAUGUAUUGACAAUAAGUAAUGUACAUGCGAGUGUGUUACUUUCUCUAGAUCUUAUUAUCUUUUUCUUUGUUUGAGGUUUGUCGAAUGCAACCAGUUAAUAUCAACUACACUGACCAAACGGCAACACUGUUAGAUCAAAUGUCUCCUAUGGAUAUACCCACCCUGCUUGAAACAAAAAUGAAUCCCCUUCAAGCAGUGCGCAUUUCGAAAUAGUGCCCGAUAAAAAGAUGCCUUUCUACAAAAAAAACCCAAAUAAUAUAUGACAUAAGUGUUACUCGAAAUUGCAUUUAAUCACUGCAAAUUUAUAAAUAAAUCUGUGUUUAUAAUUGUUACAUAUUAUCUACACAACGUGAUGUCAAACAUUGCCUUCACGUAGGAUUUCGAACAUUCAAAACACGAGGCCAAGAUAACUGCAGUGGCUAGGUCAGGAGUCAGUUUUUUUGUGUCACUGAAUGUCAACAGGAGCCAAAACUGUAAAAUAUUCAAUCAAACAAGAACUAUUAUAAGAAAAAUAAGGAAUUGUGGCGGGUGCAUAUGGACUGUCUAUUUAUCAUCAGACGAUCACUGGUGACAGGAAGCAAUGCGUCUAUGUGUAGUGACUGGCUCAUGGAUAAAGUAACGGAAGGAAUCCUGGAAUUUCCAACAGUGAUGUAACAUGUAUAGGACCACCAAAUAUUGUGUGAACAAAAUCUGACGACAUCUGCUUGUGCUGGUGACAAAUAUAAGUUUUGCGCUCGCCAAGGCUCGCUAAAUACAAUGUUUAUUCCUAAUGCAGGAUAUUUACUAUCUCCACACACACAGUUGGUGCAAUGUUGUUGUCUUGCGACUUGUAUAUCAGGUGUUUACGAGCACUUAAGCCCGCCAGAGAUGUAAGCUCCGGAAUUCAUAUUUUUCAUUUUACUUCUAACUUGUUUGUUUUCUAUUGGUUGCCUUUUAACUUAAUAUAGCCUUGAAUGAGCCUACAUUUACUAGCAGUGGCGAGAUAAAGGGGUGUCAACUUUACAAUCAUCCCCGGGUCUGAUGGAUUUGUACUAUUUAAACAUGGCAACAGACAUCUUCAAUUGAUAUUCAGUAUUGGCCCAAACAAGGGAGUUCCGUGUGUUAUGCAAGAGACAGACGAAAACGCCCAUAUCUCGAGAUACUCCCUCAUUCCCAUCAGUGUUUUAAUAAUGAUAUGACAAUAUCAUCUCCCCUGAUUAAGGGGUCAGAUUUAACAUCUGCAGCAGAAGUUUGAGUGGAUUACUCUGUGAAAAAAAGCAAAAACUAACCUCAUAUAUAUGUCCAUUAAAAUAACGUCUGGACUUCUACAUCGUCACUGUUAAGGAAUCACAAUUGCAGCAUGUGCUAUGACAGUGCUACCAGGCCAACAUCGAGAGACCCGUGGUUGAGCUGACAGGUCUCCAAACAGGGGCAGAGUGCCAAGGACAUAUAGUUAGUGAAACUAGCUUUACACUAUACUGACAAAAGGCGCUCAAAAAGAAAAUUGACAAUCAACAAGGUAUCACUACAAAUGUUUCUCUAGAAGUAUGUAUGCUAGAAACACUCUGAACGGAAAGAGCACAGGGACGAGACAGCUCUCACUCACUGAAAUAAUGUUUUACUGCACAAGAAGCUCGCCUUGAAAAUCACAUGAUCACAACUGAGCAAUUAAUCAAAGACAGUUCUAUUCAGAGAGACAACAUGUCUAAAGCAAUUGAAUGUUAUUGGGCAGCUAAAUUUGAAAAUCUAUUCCUUAGAAUAUAAUAAAAUGGAAAACGAACUUGAAAUGAUAAACCCAAGCAAGAAUCCGUCACCAAAUUGAACCACUGAGCCCUAGAAGAGAAGCUUUCUGUAACCAAGCUACACACCUUAGACACUGAGAUUACUGUUUUGAUUGGAUAAUAGGCUCUCGUAUAACACUCAUAGAGGACAGAAUAGAUAUAAUAAACAACUCAUCAUCACCUUCCAAACCUGCACUCCUGUGGCCUCAGAUGGUCAAGCAGUUGAAACAGAGAACACAA